CCUUCCUUUGCUCACGCUCUCUGCCUCUUUCCUGCUCACAGCCAGCGGGCUGCCACACGAUCCGCACCGCCUGCUAUAUGAUCUCUUGGAAAGCAGCCUUGCACAUCUCUGUUUGCUGUUGGAUGCUGGAGCUUUUGUAAACUGUGAUCUAACAGAAUGGAUAUGAUGCCUUUGCAACAGCCCUGACUCUUCGCUCACCCUCAUGCUCCCCCCUCCCUCCCUCUCUUCUCCUCAACUCCCACCCCCUGACCCUUACCCAGUUCCAUUCUCAUCCUGUGCCCCUUUCUAAAUCUCCCUUCCAGUCCCCCAUUCUCACAUUCCCUCCUCACCCUCCCGACGAUGUUCUCAUGUGUUUGCUGUCUUCAGUCUUUCCUUGUCUUGCUGUCCAUUGCCUCAGUCACUUUGGGCCAGCGCUGCCCAGCCAGCUGCCUGUGUCCAGACCAUCACACAGUGGACUGCACUGGUCAAGGGCUCACCCGUUUGCCAGACUCCAUCCCUCUUGGCGUCCGGAGGCUGCUUCUCGCUGACAACGGAAUUCUUUGGAUCCCCUCUGAUUUCUUGGUUGUCUACAGCGAUCUUGUGUACCUGGACCUGAGGAACAACUCCCUUACCAAGCUGGAGCCAGGGACACUGCCUACCUUCUCCAGGCUUGUCUACUUAGACCUGAGAAACAACAAUCUUACUGAGAUCCCCUCAGGGACUUUUGGAGAAUCCCACAGCCUGAUCAAGCUUCGUUUAGGCAACAAUCCCUAUCUGAGCAUGCUCAGUCGGGGAGCCUUAGCAGGCCUCACCUCCUUGAGGGAGCUGGAACUGGAGAGGAAUGGGUUUUCUGUCCUGGAUGUUGGGAUGUUGAGACAGCUGCCUUCCCUCCGAAUAAUACGUUUGGAAGGGAAUCCCUGGGUAUGCAAUUGUAGGUUUACCAAGCUGUUUUUCUGGCUGGUGGAAAAUCAUCACAAGCUCCCAAAUGGCCUGGAGGACAUGGAGUGCUUGCUCCCAGUGAACGGGCAGUGGAUCUCUCUGAGCAUGCUCUCCGAGAACAGCUUCCGAGAGUGUCUGGGCGUGCUCUCGCUUAAGGACCUUCUCGUAGUCAUGUUCUCUGGCAUCGUCAUAUUGGUGAUCUCCAUCACUACCAGCUUCAUUAUGGCCUCGAUUAUCAGCUACGUUCAGCAACAGAGGAUGAAGAUGUUGGCUGAGGAGGAGGGGCUGGAGUAAGCGCACGGCUGAGCUCCACCCCGCCGGUGCACUGUACUGCACCUCGCUCUGGAUGGAGGGCCACAUUUGCACCAGGGAAGACCCUAUUCGCCCCUCGGUGAUGCUCGGUGAGGCUGAAUAAGCUGCCACACAUCAGGCAUCUCCCCUCCAUGUAUGAUGCUUGAUGAGAUGUUGGAGUACUUUUAUACUUGAAUAUCUGAACCAAGCCUUAAGACAUGAACUGUUCGAAUAAUUAUGUAAAAUUAUAGUGUUCUAGACCCCUUUAUCUGGGCUGUGAUUUCAUGGAACUGAGCAUAACAUGUUAGCACAUAUUUUUAUGUAAAUGUGCAAGGUAAUUAAUAUUUUGUAUGUUAUUUUUGUUAAUGUUGGAAUGAAUCUCACUAAAACAGGUGAGGUUAAUGUACUUGCACUUUAAAUAAGAACUGAUACAUUGCACAUAACCCCAGUGAGCCAUAAAGUAGAUGGUAUUAUAAAUCAUAAUUUCUCAUGUCACCAAAGAAUUCCUUAAAAGAUUUGCAUCUUCCUACAAAUUCUGGGGUGGGUAUUAGGGCAUGUUAUGCAAUCAGUUAAGAUUUGAAAAAACACACCCAAUAAUUUAAUUUAUUGUCAGAAAAUGAUCAAUUAGUGGCAACUACCAGUGCAGCGGUAGCUCAGUGGUUAAGGUACUUGGAAGGUUGCUGGUUCAAGCCCCACCACUGCCAAG